GUGGACGAGUGUUCUCGGAGGUAACUACUACAAUAUUAGAGGUUUGCACCACUAAGUUAACAUUGUCUGUGAUUUAGUAUAGCUCUAAACAUACGAUACUCUUAGUUAUAUUUGUGCAUCUUGUGGGAGUUGACAUAAAGACACACUGUAAAUAGUUUUCCUUUACAGCUGUUUUAGAGAUAAUGGAGGCUUUAGGAGACCGUCUAAAGGUGAUGGUUAAAAUCUUCAGGAGAGAAUGCCACAGGGUUUUACAGUCUGAGAGGACCACCAUUCAUGGAGCUGAUGGCAUGCUGAUGGUGCUGCAGCUGGCCAUGGCUGAAGUUAAUAAGCAGCACGGCGGAGAGUUGAAAGUGGCUCUGAGUGAUGUCCUGAUGGCCUGGAAACACUUACUGUUAGACAAACUUCACCUGCCACCCCCCAACUUUGCACGCUUGGAGAACUAUGAUCUCAUCCUGGAGGCAUAUGAAUCCUUCCUGAAACGCUCCAACACUGUGGACCUGGUUGAUAUCCUCUGCAUGUGCAAACAGCUGAGACUGGUGGAUUUGGACCAAGAGGAGCCUGUGAGCCCAGUCCAGCUGUUUGAGUUCUUAUCAAGCAACAUGGAGGUCUCAGAGUUGCCAGACUCCUCGGUCCCGUCAACACCGUCUAGUAAAAGCAGGCCCUGCAGCUCACAGGUGAAAAUGGCAGUGAGAAGGGUUUUCUGCUCCUAUCUGAAUUUGCUUGUGAACUCCAAGAACGACAUGGCCUUGGCGCUAACCCUUGAUGUCCCUAGUCGCGCUCUUGGACGACAGGCAUUUACCGACAUAAAGCAUGCUGCACACAACAACAACACUUCUCUCUUCUUGGCUGUGACAUCUUUUGUGAGGGCCAUCCAGCUCGGAGGGAAGGGCUACGCUCCAGCUGAGUCUGACCCACUGAGGAAACAUGUCAAAGGCCUGUCGGACUUUGUCCAGUUUCUAGACAACCUGGAAGAAAUACUGGGGGAGAUUCCUGACCCAAGUGUAUGUGGAGCCAGGCUGGUGACUGCCAUCAGGGCAGUGCUGGUGAGGGGACGCAGCAGUGAAGAUCCAGUGUACGCUGCAGCUGAAGAGAUGACAAAGGAGCUGAAGGAGAGGAUCUGCCAGCUACACCAGAUCCAGAAACAGACUGCUAAUGGAAGCAGGACGGGGAUAAGCCCUGCCAGGCCAAAGGCUUAUGCAGUCAAUCAUGCCACUGCGUACGGAGGUCGGGACACUGUGAAGGUGCUGAUGGCUCUUCUGGAUGAAGAAGCUCUGACUCCUCUGUAUCAGAACAAGGCAGACCUGCUGUCUGAGGACCAGUCCGUCCUCACUGGAGCUGAGGGCACCUGCAUCCUCAUGUUGUUCAGAUCCCCUGAAGUGUCUACUGGAUGUUCUCCAGAACCUCUAAGGAACCGAGUCCAGAGCCGGCUAGACCUGCUCAAACCCAAGGCCAAAGAGGUCAUUCGAUCCCAGUUUGCGUGCACAUACAAGGAUGAAGAACUGCCACUCAACCGUGUGCUGGAGUUCCCCAGCACCAGCCAGGUCCCUACCUGUGUGCACCCAGCACCCAAACACAAAACCAUUCCAGCUGUGGAUGAGGAGUGCAGCUCGGUUGUGGAGGAGACAACCACAGCAAAGCCUACCUCUGAAUGUCCAAAUAAGGAGCAGAGUGGUGUGCAGUGGGGGGCUGCUCUCGGUCAAAGGAGUGGAAAUGCCCAAAACAGAGGUGCAGGCCUGAGCAACAGAAAGAAAACUGGCAUUCAGAUGCAGCGCAAGGGCAACAAGAGGAAGCAGGUGGAUUCUGACCAACAUGGAGGAUCAGAGAAUGAGCCUCCACAGAAGAAACAGCCCACUAGUGUCUCAGUCAAAAUGCCUGGCAAGAACGUCUGCAAGGCCUCGAGUAAGAAGAAGCUGAUAGCUGGGCAGGGAAAGCUAACCAGCUUCUUCAGAGUCUAAUGAUCGUUUGUACUGGUUUCAUGAUGGUGCAGUGGAUGGACUUACUGUCAAAUGGCGUUCAUACAAAGUAGCUGAGUGUUGUUUAGUUGUUUUCUCUCACUGGCAAAUCUUGUGUAGUAUGCGAACGUUCCAAUUAAGGCUGCAAUUAAUUUUUAUUUUCAGUCUCAGUUCAUCUGUUGACUAUUUUAAUUAAUUGAUUGAAUGAAUAGUUUUUGUGAAAUACCCGCAUUUUCAUACUUCGAGAGUUCGAUAAGAAGAUCGAUACCACUCUCACAUCUGUACGCUAAAUAUGAAACUAGAGAUAGCAGGCAAUUAGCUUAUUUUAGCAUAAAGCAUAAGGAGACAGCUUGCCUGGAACUGCUAAACAAGAUAUAACAAGUUAUUUAGUACAAUUUAGAGGUGUUGGUACGCUGAUUUUACAACUUUGGACAGAGUCAGGCAAACCAAUUCCAAUUUCUAUGCUAAAAUUAGCUAACUGGCUGAUAGCAGGAGAUUCAUAUUUAGUGUACAGAUCUGUUUUUGUAUUGAUUAAACAAACAAGAUAUAAUGUGUUAGUGAGCUUUAGAGAAUCUGGUAGGGGGAUUUUGUUACCUUUUUAAACAGAGCCAGGAUAACUGUUUCCCCUGAUUUCCUAUCUUUAUGCUAAGCUAAGCUAAUCCCCUGGUGGCUGUAGCUUUGUAUGCAGUCUACACACAUGAGUGGUAUCAUUCAUCUCUUUUAACUCUCAGCAUGUCAGAUAGUGGAUGAAAAGCACAAAAUCUUACAUCAUACAUUUGAGAAGCAGGAACCAGCAAAUGUUUGGCAUUUUUGUUUUAAAAAUAUGUAAACUGUGAAUAAGCAUAUCAAAAUUAUUGCUGAUUAAUUUUCUGUUGAUUAACUUGGCAAUUAUUUGUUUCCACUAGUUUACAUGGCAUUUUUAGCAGUGUAGAAAAUGUGGGUGGCUGCAACAUGCAUAGAUCAAUUUGCUAGCAGAUCAUUGGGAGUCUGGAUUUGGCCAGUACACUUUCUUUCAUCAAGACACACAGCCAAUAAGCCCCACUUUGCACUUAAUCACUGCAUGCAAUGCAUUUAAUCACUAGAUGUAUAGUUAAAUUAUUUAACCUGUAAAAUUCAACAAUGAAAUCAACUCUGUAAAUAUGAUGCAGACUUUUCCUUUUUAAUAAACUUUUAUUUUGUUUCAUA